UUAAAGAUGCGCACACCUCCAUCCUCAUAACCCACCGCUAUGUGAACGCCAUCAGGAGAAGAACACAGGUCUGUGCGUUUUCUACACGGAUCGACAACAUAGCUACUGCCCCUACUGCAUUCCCGGAAGUGAUGAUUUUUGUCCUCGUGAAUCAGCUGAUCGGGAAACUCGCUGAAUGUUGCAAAUACGAUGUGUUGACCACAAGCAGCUAAAAUCACAUUUUAACAAUGGCUAAUUUAAAAGCGGAAGCACUGGAAAAUGACAGUGAUCUUUAACGGAUUAGUUGGAGCUAAUGUGGUUUUGUUUGUGCAGUAGGAAGGACUCAAUAGCUGCAUCAUAGGACAUCUGUUCAAAAUUGCCUUGUGAAGCUACAGCAUGGAUCCCUUGGGAGCUCGUUCCCAGUUUGUGGAGGUCCAGAACCUCCCCACGUGGGACCAGCCUCAGGGAGUCCAGGACGAGGUGGAUGGAGAAAACCUCUUAAUGGAGGAAGAUGACCAGCUGACCAAUCAGCUCAAUUCCUUAGAGUCCCCUUUCCCCUUCAGACAAGACAUCAACAGCAAGAUUGUACUAUUUAAUGGAGAUGUGGCACUUUUAAACUGCACUGCAAUCGUCAGUACAAGUAAUGAGACACUAACGGACAAGAACCCUGUAUCAGACAGUAUCCACAGAUACUCCGGACCUGAACUAAGGGAUGAAUUACUCAAACUGAAAGGAUGUCGGACCGGUGAGGCAAAAAUGACAGAGGGUUUCAACUUGGCUGCACGCUUUAUCAUUCACACAGUUGGACCCAAAUAUAAAGCCAAGUACCGGACAGCUGCGGAGAGUUCUCUUUACAGUUGUUACAGAAAUGUCAUGCAGCUUGCCAAGGAACAUGCCAUGGCAUCUGUGGGGUUUUGUGUGGUCAGCACAGUCAAAAGGGCAUAUCCACUGGAGGACGCCACACAUAUAGCAUUAAGGACUGUUCGUAGAUUUCUGGAGAACCAUGGUGAAAACAUUGAGGUGGUGGUGUUUGCUGUUUCGGAUGUUGAGGAGCCAGUGUACAGGAAGUUAAUGCCUUUGUAUUACCCACGUUCAAAAAAAGAGGAGAGGAUUGGUCUGCCUCUCCUCCCUGCCGACAUUGGCAAUGCUGAGGGGGAGCCCGUGGUCCCGGAGAGACAGAUCCGCAUUGCCGAAAAGCCAGGAAAUCUAGAGGAUGACUCCGGGGAUGACUCACUAGAGUCCGACCUGGGGCUGGUAGGAAGUCAUGCGUUUGCUCGUAUGGAAGGGGAUGUGGAUAAGCAACGUAAACUCAUCCUUCAGGGCCAAAUGUCUGAGGCAGCCCAGCAGAAACAGCACCAAAGGAACUAUAACCGCUGGCUUUGCAGAGCUCGAACAGAGGACCUUUCAGACAUAGCAGCGUUAAAAGCACUAUAUCAGACCGGUGUCGAUUUGUGUGGUAGGACGGUCAUGGUUGUUGUUGGCAGGAAUAUUCCAGUUACACUUAUUGAUAUGGAGAAGGCUUUGCUGUAUUUCAUCCACGUGAUGGACCAUAUCACGGUGAAGGAGUAUGUGAUGGUGUAUUUCCACACACUCACCGGUGAACACAACCACCUGGACACCGACUUUCUCAAGAAGCUUUAUGAUAUUGUGGAUGCCAAGUUUAAGAAAAACCUGAGGGCUUUCUACUUCGUUCACCCGACGUUCCGCUCCAAGGUCUCUACUUGGUUCUUCGUGACGUUCAGUGUAUCAGGCCUUAAAGAGAAGGUCCAUCACAUAGAGAACCUACAGCAGCUCUUCACCUGCAUCCUACCUGAGCAGAUUGACAUCCCUCCUUUUGUUCUGGAGUAUGACACACGGGUUAACAGCCCCUAUUACACGGCUCAGUCCUCAGGCCUGUGAUGGUGUUAGAUAAACCCAGAACCGAGGAAAGGACCUGCCUCUUUUCACCGGGCCGAUACUCAACCCAAUGACCCCAACUCUGAUGUGAACAAGAUGAACGCAGUCAAAAGUGCAUCUUUGCCGUGACAGUGAGAGACUGUCAAUCAAUAAUGCUGUAUAAACACAUCCUGCUGAAACCUGCUGAACGUGCCACAGACCUGUACCAAACCCAGAUGUCACUGAAGGAACCGCCUGCCUGACCUAAGCUGUUUUUGAACAAGGUAUGCGUGUGUGGUGUAGAUGAAGAGACUGAAUGUGAAACACAUGUACCAGUGUCUGCGUGAAUAAUGGCUGGAAAUAGCCAAAACCAUUCUGGUUUUAAUUUCUUAUGUCCUUGGCCAUCCAAUCAUCUGAAAGCCUCAUAUUUUCCUGCCUAAACUGUUUUGUUGUUUCAUGUCAUUCUGUGUCUGCAAAGUCACUAAAAGGAGCAGCGUUGUGCUUUUAUCUUGAUUCUCUUUUUUUCCCACCACAAGCACUUUUACAACUUUAACUGAGGUGUCAAACAACCAUCACUACAGUUUCUUGAGGUUUGACAGGAAGCAGCUUUUCCUCGUGUGUGAGGAAUGUGCUUUCACAAAGAUUGGUUUGUGCAGCUCUAAAAUCAGGUUGGCCUGUUGAGAUUUCUAUUAGCCUUUUAAUAAUAGUAUUUUCUUCUGUUCCUUUAAAUAUGGUACAUCAGUGUUCUGGAAGCUUCACCUGAGGUACCCUAAAAUCUUGCAGUGCACCAGAUUGUAUUACAUUUGAAGCAGAUUUACAAGCAUGGCCGAAGGAAUGUCACAGACAGAGAGCUGAUCUCAGAGUGAAGCACUGUAAAUAGAUACUAUUUACUAUUUGUAGUUACUGCAGAUGCUGUCUGGUAUUAUUAAUUGUUUUUUUGUCAGCCCUUAGUGUAGCUGUGCAGUGAUUCUUGUUAAAUUUCAUACCAUUUUAAAUGAAGUAUGACGUAUUAAUUAUGAAAGUAAUAUUUGAAUAAACAAUAUGAACAUUCGAUGUUAUCAUUAAUCUUUGUUUGGGCGUCUUUAUUGAAUUAUUUUGUUUAAUUGUGUAUAAUCGAGUGUGUUUUCAGUUUGAAAGCCUUUUGAAAU